AUGUUGGAAAUAAUCGCCACCGGUCUGGCCUUUGGGGGUGCCCUCGUCGCCUCGGGCUUGUACUCGCCAUUCCUGAUCGCUUCGCAGUUCACGCUGCAGAGGUGGAACAUGGUGCAGACCUUCCUCACAGCCACAGGCUGCAGCGCCCUCGCCGUCCACGUCCUCCAAGAUCUGGGGUUUCAAGUCCCUCCACCACGCUCCUACUCGCCCGCAGGCAUCCUGGGUUUCCCCCUCGACGGCAACCUCAUCGGCGGCGCCCUCCUCGGCGCCGGCAUGUCCCUCGCGGCCUCGUGCCCCGGCAUGGUGUUCCCACAGGUCGCGAUGGGGGUCCCCUCUGCGAAGACAACCCUCGCGGGAGCCAUCGUCGGCGGCCUGUUCUGGUCGGCGCUGCUGCGGCCGUGGCUCUUCGGCACGGGGCGCGCCGCCACCUUCGUGUUCUACGAGGUCCUCCUGGGCGCAAUCGUGGUCACGGUCGCGGGCAAGGCCGUCCCGGCACCCUCUGCGCUGCAGCCCAUCGCGGGCGGGCUGGUCAUCGGCGCCGCGCAGCUGGUCUCGCUGCUGGCGAGGGGCUCCCUGGUCGGCGUGUCGACCUGCUACGAGCACGUGGGUGACUGGGUCCUGUACCUUAUCGAGGGCGGUAAGGGCCCGCGGCCUGCCACCGGAACGUUGGUCUUCUCUGCGUCCACGAUGGCUGGCGCGUUGCUGCUGGUCCGGGAGAGGCCUGACCUCGCGGUGGCGCCGGGCGCGUUGACGAUUCACGUAGCCCCGUGGAAGGCGUUCUGGGGCGGCUUCCUGAUGGCCGUCGGCUCCAGGCUGGGCGGCGGGUGCUCAUCGGGACAUGGUAUCAGCGGGAUGGGGUUGAUGUCCGUCGCGAGUUUUGUGUCGAUGUUUGCUACCUUUGCGGCUGCUAUCGCUGUGUCGAAGCUUUCGACGUGA